AUGGGUCUUACUAGACGGCUGGUGAGACCACCUCAGCUCCUCUGUUGGAUACUUGUUAGCUGCAUUCUAGGAUCACUUGUGAUGCUUCUCUUGCUGGGUCCAUCUGAAAUGUAUUGGGAUCCAAGCUACAGUCGGAGCUACAGUUGGCUAGAGUACAAAGAUACUGGUGAAGGUCCAGAUGAUGUUUUCAGCUGUUCAGCAGUUCUGCAGGGAGAUCUUGAAACCUUAGAAAAGGUCAAGAUAAUGCGCAUCAUCAAGGACUUCCAGAAGCGUACCCUGAUCUCUGAUGAGUAUUACAUAAAUAUCACCCGGGACUGCAGGAAUUUCAAGCUGAGCAGGAAAUACAUAACAUUUCCUCUUAGCCAGGAAGAGGAGGACUUUCCCCUGGCCUACUCAAUUGUUGUCCACCAUAAGGUACAAAACUUUGAGCGCCUGCUGCGUGCCAUUUAUGCACCUCAGAAUGUUUACUGUGUCCAUGUGGAUAAGAAGGCACCCGUUUCAGUCUUGGCUGCCAUCAUGAGCAUUACCUCCUGUUUCCCCAACGUAUUCAUGGUCAGCCGACCAGUGAGUGUGGUCUACGCUGCCUGGCCACGUGUCCAGGCUGACCUCAACUGUAUGGCUGAUCUAUAUAAUAUUACUACACAAUGGAAGUACUUCAUCAACCUCUGUGGCCAGGAUUUCCCCCUGAAAACCAAUCUUGAGAUCGUGAGGAGCCUGCGGUCACUGGGAGGAGGGAACAGUAUGGAGUCCGAGCAAAUGCCUGAAGGGAAGAAGUCGAGGGUGAAAAACUCUUAUCAGAUAGUGGAUGGGACUAUCCAGGCUACAGGUCAAACCAAGGAGCUGCCGCCCUUUAACCUGCCCAUCCUAUCAGGGAAUGCCUACAUCGUGGUUAACCGGGGCUACAUCCGUAGUGUGUUGGAAGACCCUCGCAUACAAGCACUGAUUGCAUGGGCAAAGGACACCUACAGUCCAGAUGAGUUCCUCUGGGCCACCAUCCAGCGGCUCCCAGGUGUUCCCGGCUCAACCUGGCCCAACUCCAAAUAUGACAUGACAGACAUCAACGCCAUUGCGCGGAUGGUGAAGUGGCAGUGGCAUGAAGGCUCAAAUGGUGUGCAGGGUGCCGUGUAUCCCGAGUGUCAUGGCAACCAUGUCAGGGCAAUAUGUGUUUAUGGUGCUGGGGAUUUGCAAUGGUUGAUAGAGCAACACCACAUCUUUGCAAAUAAGUUUGACGCAGACACGAAUCCGGUUGCCAUCCGCUGCUUGGAGAAGUACCUCAGAACAAAGGCACUGGAAAUACAUUAG